AUGGGGAAGAAAAGGAAACAUGAAAAAACGGACGAAGAAAUUAGACGAAAGAUUAAAAAACUAGAAAAUCGGCUUGCCAAAAGAGCAAAUCAAUCGACAAGCGAUUCGUCCGAAGAGAAUAUGAUAAGCGAACCAUUGGAUGUGCCAUCCCCUGGGUCUUUAUACUGCCAGUCGCCACUGAGGGACCACCAAUUUGAUGAGGCACCUCGACCAUUAUCACCAUGUCCGCCUUUGUCACCUCAAGAAAUCGCGCCACGUCCCGACUCGCCACGACCUGAUGAGGUUGUUGAACCGCAACCGGGAACAUCGGUGGACAAUGAUAAACAAAAUGAAGAGCUGGAGCUGGGUGAAGACGUCCUUCAAUUGUUAGGAGACGCUCCAAAAACCGACACCUCGCUCGGCCCUGCGAUCCAUAAAGAUGUCGCCAGCAGAUGGCAGGACAUCCUUUCCAAAGGACUUCCUAAGGAAAUAAAAGAUAUCCUUUACAAAGAAUAUCUAGUUCCCAAUAAUUGCGAUUUGUUGCUGGCCCCUGCUCUCAACCCGGAGGUAAAGGCUGCACUGCCUGAAGCUUUAAUUAAAAGAGACACGUCGCUCAGCUACAGGCAAAAACAACUUGGGGUUGCACUGUCUGCUCUUGCAACAGUCACCCAAAUGGUCAUAGCGAAUACAGAAUCCAAACGAGAUGCGUUACUGUUCGGUGAGAAUAUCUCGGAAAAACUUAAAGCAGCCAAGUCUAUCCAACAGUCAGCAGCGCCAGGCGGACAACAAACGCCACGACAACCGUUUCGCUCGUGUGCCCAACAUAGCGUCGCGUCCACCUCCGAGCAACAGUGCACGACGACCCCCCGACCGGACGUACCCGCCUUCGAAGACACCAGCUCCGCAGCGGAGGCAAUAAUCGACCAGGUGCGAUAUGCUGGAAGACUCCAGCAUUAUUUUAAUAACUGGCGUAAUAUAACUAAUGAUCAAAUCAUUUUAUCGUGGGUUAAAGGUUAUUCUAUACCUUUUAAGUCUUAUCCGUUUAGAACCGAUAAGCCUAGUGUGUAUCCUAAAACGGAACAAGAACGACAAGAUUUUGAUACGUGUCUGUCGAAAUUAUUAUCUAUAAAUGCCAUAUCGCAUUGUAACCAUGAACCGGGCGAGUUUUUAUCCUCUAUUUUCCUAGUGUCUAAACCAAAUGGUGACAAGAGAUUUAUUCUUAAUUUAAAAUGCCUUAACAAGUUCAUUGAAACUAAACAUUUCAAAAUGGAGGAUUAUCGUACUGCGUCAAAGUUGAUAACUCCAAACUGUUUCAUGGCAACUAUCGAUUUAAAAGAUGCUUAUUUUUUAGUACCAGUAAAUAAAAUGCACAGAAAGUACUUACGGUUUGAGUAUGAUGGAGUCCUUUACGAAUUUAAUUGUUUGCCAUUUGGUUUAUGCACCGCACCGUUCGUGUUUACGAAACUUCUAAAACCUAUAUUUGAAUUUUUAAGAAAAACUCAUCUAUAA